CUCCAAUGAGAGCAUGAGGAUUUAGCGUCACCGUUUUCUGUUCCUUCGGCCCCAAAUCCCUAUCCCAAAUUUCCAAGGAAUCAUGGCGCGCUGCUCCCCGCCGCUGCUGCGCCGCUUCUUCUGCUGCGCCGCCAAAUCCGCCUCGGCCACAUCCGCCGCCGCCGGCACCAAGAAGAAGAACAUCGUCUUCUUGGGAUCUCCCCAGGUCGCUGCCUCGGUCCUGGACACGUUGUUGGCCGCGUCCAGCUCCCCCGACUCCGCAUUCCAGGUCGCUGCCGUCGUGACACAGCCGCCGGCCGCCAAGAACAGGGGGAGGAAGCUGUUGCCGUCGGCCGUCGCGCAGCUCGCGCUCGAGCGAGGGUUCCCUGGCGACCUCAUCUUCACCCCCGAGCGCGCUGGGGAGGAGUCCUUUCUGUCUGACUUGAAGGGGGUGAGACCAGAACUUUGCAUCACUGCUGCUUACGGGAACAUUUUGCCACAGAGGUUUCUUGAUAUCCCACCAUGUGCAGGUACAGUUAAUAUACACCCAAGUUUGUUGCCUCUAUAUCGCGGUGCAGCUCCUGUGCAGAGGGCAUUGCAGGAUGGUGUUGCAGAAACAGGUGUUUCCCUUGCAUAUACUGUCCGUGCCUUGGAUGCAGGUCCAGUGAUUGCUUGCGAAAGGUUUUCUGUCGAUGAAUGCAUCAAGGCACCAGAGCUGCUUGCUAUACUAUUCAAUAUAGGGUCCAAGCUACUGCUGGAUGAACUACCAUCCGUUCUUGAUGGUUCAGCUAAGCAAAAGGCAAAGCCACAAGAUGACUCCAAAGCUACACUGGCGCCCAAGAUGAAUUCGGACGAGUCCUGGCUGACAUUUGACGAAGAAGCUAAAGUUCUCCAUAACAAGGUGCGAGCAUUUGCAGGAUGGCCAGGAACCCGCGCAAAAUUGCAACUUCUGAACCAAAAUGGCGAACCCGAUGUUCUAGACAUCAAGGUUAUCAGUACAAAUGUUUCCACGUCCUGUGACAAAGUCGGAGACGAAAAUGAAAUACUAUUCUCAGGGAACUCGCUGCUCAUUCCUUGCAGUGGGUCAACUUGGCUUGAGGUCUUGGAGCUUCAGCUACCUGGAAAGAAGGUAACCACGGCUCGGGACUUCUGGAAUGGUUUGCGUGGUCAGAAGCUAUUAAAAUCAACAUAAGAGAGAAAUCUGCAUUCAUUUUGCAGCACAUGUGCAAAGGAUGCAAAUGCCAAGACGGCCAUAUGCCGUGCUCGGUUUAGAUGCAUCUUGCAGGGUUAAAGGGUUGUUGACAUUUAUCCUUAGAGAAAUUUGCAGGGGGCAAAAAGAUGGUCUUAAUUUUUGUAAAGAAAAUUAUUAAGAUUUUGUGCCCUUACUUUCUUUUGACAAAUCAAUAAUUUUCCAGAUUGUCAUC